AGGUGGUGUAAUUAAAUAAUACACUGGAAACAAAUAAUAAUAAUAACCCCUUCCCUUCCUCUCAUUUUCUUGGAGAUUAAAAAAAUAGAGAGCGAGGAUACAGAAAUAAAAUUUAAGAAAAGAGAAAAGAAGAAGGAAUGUGUUUUUGCAGAAGUGUGUGUAAUUAAAUAGCACACUGGAAACACACACACACCUUUCAAGUUUGAUUUGGAGAAGGAGGGAAAAUUAAAAAACAACCCAUCCUCUUAUUUUCUUAGAAUUAAAAAAAAGAGGGAAGACACAGAAAUAAGAAAAGAGGGGGAAGGAAAGGUAUAGAGGAAAGAAUGUGUUUUUGCAGAAGUGUGUGUGUGUGUUUAGGUUGUGUAAUUAAAUAACAAAAUGGAAACACCUCCCUCUUCCCUGGUCCAUUUCAAGUUUGAUUUGGAGAGGGAGGGAAAAUAAUAAUAAUAAUAAUAAUAGUGAUAAUAAUAAUAAUAGACCCUCUUUUACUCGCACUCAAAAGUUGCAGGGAUUUGGGGUUUUUGUUUUUGCAAGAGGAGGAGGAGGAGGAGGAGAAGGAGAUGGAUGGUUUUGGAUUUUCAAGCGACCAUUUAUUUAUGUAUUUCUGUUACAGUGGGCGUUUAAAAAGGAGAGAGAGAAAAAGGGGAGGGAGUUGGGAGGAGGGAAAGGAAGAAAGGAAGAAAGAAAGAGAAGGAAAAGGGAAAGGAAAAGAAGGGAAGAGGGAGGCAGAGGCUGCAGAUGGAAGAGGAGCCCUGCGGUGGAGAGGGGUUUUGCAGCCUUGGUUGGGUUUCUUUUGCAAACUCCCCCCACAUCCCUCCCUCCACUCCUCCUCCUCCUCCCCUCUUCCUUGCAAACUUUCUCCUCCUCCUCCUCCUCCUGCUUUACUCCGCCGCCGUCGCCGCUGCAACCUUGAACUUUGGCAACGUGGGUGACAGGACCGUGUGGUGUGUAGCAGCAACCACAAUUACUACUACCACCUUUUUCUUCUUAUUCUUCAAGAGCAGCACCACAACCACAACCAACACCUUUUUUUUUCUUAUUGCAAAAAAGAGAGAAAGAAGGAGACAAGGCAAAGAGAAGGAGGAGGGCUGGAAGUCCUUGCAUAGCCUCCCUCUUUUAUAGCAUCCCAUUCAGCAUUUUUCCCUCUCUCUCUUCCCCCCAUUCCCCAAAUUCCUCCUCCUUUUCCUUCUUCCUUCCUUCCUUCCUUCCUUCUCCAGUUCCCCCCCAAAAGGGAGCCCUUGACCCAGCAGAGGCUGGCUUUGGGUUUCUUCUCCUUCUCCUCUUCCCUGGGAAAGUAGCUGCUCCUGGGCUGUUUGUUUUAAGGAGGUUUUGUGGAGAAGAGGCUGCAGCAGCCCCUUCCUCUCCUUGGUCCCCUUCCUCCUCCUCCUCUUCUUCCGAGGAGAGCCAAAGGAUGCCUCGAUGAGCCUCUACUCCUCUCUUCCUCCUCCUCGGUGCAAAGACGACCCCGGAGCCAAGUCAUGAUGUAUUCCCCCAUCUGCCUCACUCAGGAUGAGUUUCACCCAUUCAUUGAGGCACUUCUUCCACACGUCCGUGCAAUCGCCUACACUUGGUUCAACCUUCAGGCUCGAAAACGCAAGUACUUUAAAAAACAUGAAAAGCGAAUGUCAAAGGAUGAGGAAAGAGCAGUCAAGGAUGAGUUACUUAGUGAAAAGCCUGAAAUUAAACAGAAGUGGGCAUCCAGGCUUCUCGCCAAGCUGCGCAAAGAUAUCCGCCAAGAGUAUCGGGAGGAUUUUGUGCUCACUGUUACUGGGAAGAAGCACCCAUGCUGUGUAUUGUCCAAUCCUGACCAGAAGGGUAAGAUUAGGAGAAUCGACUGUCUGCGACAAGCAGACAAAGUCUGGCGCCUGGAUCUAGUCAUGGUGAUCCUCUUCAAAGGUAUCCCCUUGGAAAGUACGGAUGGAGAACGACUCAUGAAAUCCCCCCACUGCACAAAUCCAGCACUUUGCGUUCAGCCACAUCACAUAACAGUAUCAGUCAAGGAGCUUGAUUUGUUUCUGGCAUAUUAUGUGCAGGAUCAAGAUUCUGGACAAUCAGGAAGUCCAAGCCACAAUGAUCCUGCCAAGAAUCCACCAGUGUAUCUUGAAGAUAGUUUUGUAAAAUCAGGAGUCUUCAACGUAUCAGAACUGGUGCGAGUGUCUAGAACGCCGAUAACCCAGGGAGCUGGAGUAAACUUCCCUAUUGGAGAACUUCCAAGUCAACCAUACUAUCAUGACAUGAACUCGGGUGUAAACUUACAAAGAUCGCUAUCCUCUCCACCAACCAGUAAGAGACCCAAAACUAUAUCCAUAGAUGAGAAUAUGGAACCAAGCCCAACAGGGGACUUUUAUCCUUCCCCAAAUUCACCAGCUGCUGGGAGUAGGACAUGGCAUGAAAGAGAUCAAGAUAUGUCUUCUCCUACAAUGAAGAAACCUGAAAAGCCUUUGUUUAGCACGACAUCUCCCCAGGAUUCUUCUCAAAGAGUGACCACUUUCCCGCAUCACCAUCCAGGGAUCCCAGGAGUUGCACACAGUGUCAUCUCAACUAGAGCUCCACCUUCACCUUCACCAUUGCCAUUUCCACCACAAGCUAUUCUCCCUCCUACCCCGACUAGCUAUUUCUCUCACCCAACAAUCCGAUACCCUCCUCACCUGAAUCCUCAGGAUACUCUGAAGAAUUAUUCUUAUGACCCGUCCAGUCCACAAACCAGCCAGCCUAACAGCAGUGGUCAAGUAGUAGGGAAAAUGCCUGGCCAUUUUACUCCAGUUUUGGCACCCUCUCCCCAUCACAGUACGGUGCGACCUGUGACCCUGACCAUGACAGACACUAAACCCAUCACAACAUCCACUGAAGGUGAGGCAUCUUCACCUACAGCAACCACCUACACAGCCUCAGGCACAUCCCAAGCCAAUCGAUAUGUGGGACUAAGUCCAAGAGACUCUUCCUUCCUACACCAGCAACAGCUGAGGAUUUGUGACUGGACCAUGAAUCAAAACGGCAGGCAUUUAUACCCCAGUGCCAAUGAGGAUACAUUGGGAAUUACUUGGCAAAGUCCUGGUACCUGGGCUAGCUUGGUUCCUUUUCAAGUAUCAAACAGGACACCAAUCCUGCCCACAAAUGUCCAGAAUUAUGGUUUGAACCUAAUUGGAGAGCCUUUCCUUCAAGCAGAAACAAGCAACUGAGGGAGAUCAAAACUGAACAGAAUACUAGAAAAGAAAGGAAGACGGGACAAAAAAAAAAAUCACAGAAGAAAAAGAACCUGAAGAAAGAAGAAACAUAGACCAGCAAUUGCAGCACUUACAAUCACUAAUUCCCUUAAGGUUGAAACUGUAAUGGUGUUUUGUUUUGUUUUUUAAAAAAGGGUCGAAAAUAUUUCAGUGAUGAGUAGAAAGAUGUUCCUCCUAAGUAGCCUUUGUUCUAUGAAAUCCACUGGGAAAUAGAUGUUCUGUCUCUGACAAUAUAUUUUAACUGACUUUCUAGAUGCCUUAAUAUUUGCAUGAUAAGCUAGUUUAUUGGUUUAGUAUUCUUGUUGUUUACGCAUGGGAUCACUAUUCCUAGUUAGCUCUCAAAACAAAGGCUAGGAGGCAUCCACAGAGCUGCAGGAGAAUGAAGGCUAUGAGCCAACUUUUCUCAGCACUCUGAUUUCUAAAUGUUUUUUAAAGGAAAAAAAAAACCAGAAACCAUUUAGCCUUUAGUUAUCAACCCAAAUUUAUUUGACUUUGGCCCUUAACCCAAACUUUUCCUAAUGUAUUACCCCAUUUGAAAUUUUCAGGAAGACACUUAAAUAGGCAUUUUAUAGAAUCAAUGCCUCACUUUGGGUUUUAAAAAAGUGUUAUCUUCUCAUGACAAUAAAAACAAAAAAAGAAAGAUGCUAAAAAUAAUUUCCCCCACUAAGGAAAACACUUAGAGGCAAGUGCAAUUUUAAAAUUAUAUCUAACGGGGAUCAUUAUUAUAAGUCCUUUAGCCCUUGGACUCUAAAUUGAGGGGAUUAAAAAAACAAGAAUUUCAAAAAGUAUUUCAAGCAAAUUUAUUUUCCCCUCAGUUUUGAAAGGGGGGCGUUAAAAGGCAUUAAUUAAUUCAAGACAAAUCAUGUACUUGAGAAAAAGAAAUUAAUGGAAACACAGCACUUAUGUUGAUUUAGCUUCUGCCUCCUUUGAGGUAUCUUAUUUAUUUAAAGUUACUGGUUGGAUCAAGAACCCAUGGAGAAUAGGAAAGGUUCUAUAAAAUCUUCAUCACAGAGACGGAGAGAGGUAAAUCCAUGUCACUGGGGCAAAGCUUACAGUUUACAAAUGGGAAUGCCGGGUUGUUGGGGGGAUUCAAAUAUAUUUUUUAGAAAAUGCACUCUUUAAAAAAGCCUAAUGACAGGGUGCUGAAAACUUGCAUGGUGCUCUCAGAAAUUAGCCUUGUUUGACAGAUUUCUCAUACUGACAGUAAUGUGCAUGGGCAGAUACAUUUUGCCUCUAUGUCUCUAUAAAACAAAUAAUUAAACCUACUCUAUCCAGUAAUCCUAAUUUGCACGAAGUUAUAAUGUCCACAUAACGUGCCUUGCCUUGAAAUCUAAAAAGUGACAUCACUACACUUGUUUUGCUGCAUUUAUUAUCAUUUUAAAUCUUUACCAUUUUUAUGACAAAAAUAUUUUGUACUCCAGAUGGGAAAACGAAAAAAAGUGACAUCAUGGAUUUUUUAAGCAGUUAUAACUUUAUCUCACAUUUAUAAAGCAUAUCAUGGCUGUGUAUAGUUGCCGCUUAAAAAUUGUAAUCGACCAGCAAUAUUUUCAGUAUUUUGGUGUUUUUUCUAUUAAUCUUUCAUGUUUUUCAUCUUCCAGUUAAUAUUGGGGGGAGGGGAUUCAAAUUUAUACGAAUUAUGCAAUACCAAGUUUUGCCUAUGUAGGUAGUGCUUUUAGCUGUAUUGGUUAUUAUAGGUAAGUACACAGAUUUAAAAAGACAAAAGAUUAAUGUAUGCUUUUUGUUUGUUCAUUUGUUUGUUUUAAUUGACCAAAGUGGGUACUGCUAUUUUUGCAGUGUGAUGAGGUCCUUUUGUGUACUAAGAGAUGGACAGGGGAUUUUUUUUUAUACAUACAUAUAUCUAUAUAUUCUGGGGAGGGUGGGGAGGAUUUUUAACACUUGACAGUGUAGCUGUGAAGCAGUGCACCAUUGGCUAGGUGAGGGCUGCAAAGCGACUCUUCUGCCUACUGUGAUAAAAAUCUCAAAAAGGUAUCUUUUUAACUUUCCACCUGGGGUGCAAGCUGAACUCAUUUCUGGUUUUAAAAUAAUAGUGGUAAUAAUGAUUAUGAUGGUAAAUAAAUAAAUAAAUAAAUAAUAGAUUCUGUUGGAGGCAGACUUGAGUUGAGGAAAAAUAUAUAUUCUUUUUUCAGUUUGAGAUAUCAAGACCCACAGAGAGCAAGAGCCUUUUAAAAGAUGCAUCAUCCCUUCAUCGUGGCAGAAAAAACAUAAAUUGGAGUUAAGAAUCACAAAUGCAAUAUAUGCCCCUCCCAAAUGGUCCUCCAAAGGCAUCUUAUCACACUAGACUUUAUAUUUCAGCUCAGAUGGAAGAAAGGAAACCCGUACCAUGUGAUUGUGAAGUGCUCUUGUUCUCAGAGUAACACAAUUAUUCACACAUGAAAAGCAGCCAGCUCUGCUUCUUUAAGAAUUGUAGAGUUGCAAAGGACUUUGGGGUCCCGCCUUCUGCUCAGUGCAGGCUGUAUGAUGGCAACAGGUUGUCCAGGCUCUCUGCUUAAGUUAUCUCCAGCAAAGGAGAUACCACUAUCAUGCAGGAAUUUUCCCAUACCCCACCCCUGCCCACAACAAGGCUAAAAGUCUUACUCCACUGGCAGGACCUAUUGCUUUUAAUCUGCUACAUAUAACUCUCUUUUCCACAUUAUGUUCUUAGCACUGACAGGAACGAAAUGGGUGAGCCUUGCUUCAGUCAUUUCCAGGUGUCUCUGUCUGUAGGAAGCUGGGGAAGGGAACACUUCAUGUGAGCGAAGCAAAGCUGUCCCAUUUCCAUGUCACUAAUUGCAGUGUGUAGCUGGAUCCUUAAAUUCUAUGUAAGUGGUGAUAAGAAGGGAAAAAAGAUUGGGCCUUAAUGCUCAGAUUCAAAGGAGAAAGAUCACAACAGUAUUUCUGUUCUUUAGUACACCAAGCAUCCGGGCAGCGGCAGAAAGGGCUGAUCAGUGUGAUGGUAAAGUGCUACCUUACCCACAGAUGUGUACUCACAUCUGGGCAUGUUCUUUUCAGUUGGCAUGGUACUAUGCAAUUUGUCUUUUAUCUGUACCUUUAGAGAAAAUGUAACUUGAGUAGCCACUGAAAGAAGUUUGUACUGAAACAUAGUCUUGAUGUGCCAUGGACUUCAUCAGAUAAACUCUGAAAGGCAGUUCUAUACAGUAUAAUCAAGUUAUGGAGAAAUAACCCCUUCAAAUAGUUCCUUUAAAAAUGUUUAAAGACAAAAUUUAUUUAUUUUAUUUUAUUUCAGAGAUUUAUAUCCCGCCUUUCUUCCACAAUGGGAUUCAAAAGUUAUUCUAAAAGUAUUUGAAACCAGGGAUAGACCAAGCGCACCCCCUCCCAAUUUUGGUGCCCUUGAUCUCUCCAGACUCCUCACCUGCCCUUUUCUGACCACUUCACUGUUAACAGUAACAAUUUUUCAAGACCAGAAGUAGACUUCCAGCCACUUCUGGUAUUUGUUUAGUUUAGUUUUGGUUUUUGACAGUCCUUGUAGCCCCUGCAGUGUUCUGGAGGAGAAGCUGACUCCUGGAUCUGCUGCAUUUACCCACCCUAUCUUAGAUGCAUUGAACACUUAUUUCCUUGUUUGGAACUGAACAUAGCUGUUUGCUUUUCUUCUUCUUCACAGCAGCUUCCUAGUACUGAACCAGAAACAACUACAGUUGGCCCUCAGUAUCCACAGAUUUUUUUUAUCCACAGAUUCAAGCAUCCACAGCUUGAAAAUAUUCCAAAAAAUAUAAAUUCCAAUAAGCAAACCUUGAUUUUGCCAUUUUAUA